AUGAGAUCCUCCAACUCUGCGGCCAACUCGUUGGGCAUUGACGAAGAGACCCGUGUCCUCAUAUUGAAGAAAACAUGGUGUCAUGGCCAACUGGUACUCCCCGCCUUUUCCGUUUUCUACUUGUACCUAUUCUUCGCUUCCGUCAAGAAUUUCAUUCUCCUCUUCGCUGCCAUUGUUCUACCGAUCUGGUCAUAUCUCUCCUACCAGAAGAUGAUCUCUUCUACAAAAGCUCCGUCGCCCCAUUUCUUUUGGAUGUUGGCCACGUUGGCCCAGGUGGCACACGUCGGAGUGUUUGUCUACUCGCUCCAGGCGGAAGAAACCAAUCUGCUUCUCACGAUAUCAUCCGGAUUGUUUUUUGUCGAAACCAUUGCCUUUUUACUUGUCGUUCGAGCGUUGGGGAAUAGUGAAAGUAGACAGCAAGAACAAGGUUUUCAAGACCUUGACGACGGCGCAGUAGCUACCAGGUUGGUGUAG